CCCGGGUGGAUCUCGCGGGCGGCCGUGAGGGCGGGAUGGGCGGCGUAAAAGGCAUUUGGGGAAACGACGGGAGGAAAAAGCGAAAAAAGAAAUGGCCGUCUUGUGGGAUAUGUUCUUCCCCCGUGUCCUAAAAUUAGUCCUUGUGGCUCGAGGACGGUGCCAUGCCUCCUGGGCUGGACACCUACCCCCUGAGGACACAUCGUAGGCUCGCUAGUCCUCUCGAGGGGUUUGCGAAGCCUAUAUAGGCCUAUGUCGAGGUUCCCAGCGCUGAUAAUAUUCGAAAAGGGCAAUUAACGCGAGUCGGGCGAGGAUGUCUGCGUCCUGCUGCAAGGAAAUAGUUGCUCAUCCUGCCAAAACAAAGGCAGGGUGUUCUAGCAAGAAAUAUUUACGGUAUCUGAUGCCUCGUUUGCCUUUCAGCACGUACUUUGGAUAAAUAGGAAUAAGGAUAUGGGGUUAUGGAGCAUGUGUGUAAGAAGACAUAAUGGAAGGUGCCGAAAGCGACGACAUCGGGGCUUCCUUCCUGUCCUCUGAACAGUACAUGGUUGAGGGCCAUGUUGGCCAUGGACACCAACACGAUGAUGAAGACAAGGAAGACCUCCCGCAUCUUCUCCGAGAACAAGACCGCUUCCUGCCCAUUGCUAAUGUUGCGCGGAUCAUGAAGAAGGGAAUCCCAAAGACUGGCAAGGUAGGAGGAAACAAAAUUGCAAAGGACGCCCGAGAAUGUGUACAGGAAUGUGUGAGUGAAUUCAUCAGCUUUGUAACGAGUGAAGCUUCAGAUCGCUGUCAUCAGGAAAAAAGAAAGACCAUUAAUGGUGAAGAUAUUCUCUGGGCCAUGAAUGCUUUAGGAUUUGAAAACUACGUAGAACCACUUAAAAUUUACUUACAAAAAUUCCGGGAGUCCACGAAGGGAGACAAGCCCUUGGAUAAUACCUUGGAAAGUGCCUAUGAGGUAGACUUCGGAAACAACAUGACCACCUUUGCAACAGAACAUGUCAGCCAGUCGGACAUUGUGUGCACGUAUGGCCCAGCGGGGCAAGUGUCACAGCAGUUCACUUUAGGUUAAAUACUCUAAUAGUUAGUGUGUGUGUUAGUUUGAUAAUUUUAUGCAAAUCAUAAAUGAAAUUUUCAUUGAAAUUGGGUGAAUAUUUUCUGGCAUAGUCUAUGCAUUCGAGUGUGUUGUUGUUCUGAAGAGGAAUCUUCAUCUCAUUAUGUCCGUCACUAGCAUUGUUCAAGGAUGUUAACACUCUUCAAGUUUCUCGGAAAUGAUGAGUGAAGAUGAAGUUUGCAUUGCCAUGUUUUGUUAUCAUGACCUUAGUGGCCAUGAAGGUGAUGGUAUUUAAGGAGAAUUACUUACCAUGUCGGCUACGAGAACUUGUACCUCACACGUUUUCUGAGCCAGUUGGAAAUGCCAGAACCAGAAUGUCUCUUGUGGAACUAGAAUAUGUUUGAUGAAGGAAUUGGCUCUUGGCCGUGCCUGUUAAUCUGUUACAAGAAUUAUUAAAACCUCAAAUUUUGGGGUUCAUCAUUUUUUUUAUUACAUUGUGGUGGAACCAGAUGAACUUUUGAUGGAGGUACAAGAUAGCCAUUGCUUUUGGGUGAAAUAAACUAUGUUACCCAGAACGUGAUGAUAAAUAAUUCAGGUUUUAUUUACGAAAGAGAAGUUUUUAUGUAAUUAAUAGGUGGGGCAUUCACUUCCAGUCCCAGGGUAUUCUAGGUCCAUGUGACCAUUUUUUGAAGGAUACGCAGACUAUUGUAUUCUAAGGUUUUGUUUUACAGUAAAAGCAAAUAUAUAUGGUU